AUGUCUUAUGCAGAAGAACAAGAAGACCCUAAUCAGAAUCGACAGUCGGAUGAUGAAGAAAUACCGCGAAAGAAGGCCAAAUUAGCAUCUCGUUGUGAGACUCAACGCCGUGUUCUUCGCACGCAAAAUGCUCAAUCGGAUAAUGAAGAUGCUGAGGAUCAGGAUAAUUUGGAUGUCACCUUUGUGAAAGAAGUUGCCGACAUGGAAACCGCUUCAGGCCGAGUGAGCGCAAUCGAAAUGGAGAACUUCAUGUGUCACAGCAAUCUUGUCAUCAAAUUUGAUAUCACGGAAGCUAAUUGUUUUUUCAUCGGAGGACCAAAUGGAAGUGGAAAGAGUGCCCUCUUUGCAGCAUUGAAUCUCGGUCUUGGAGGAGGAGCAUCACAAAAUGAUCGCGGUCUGCACAUGAAAAACUACAUCAAAGAAGGAUGCACUCGGGCGAAAAUCAGAAUAACGUUGGAGAACCUGGGCUAUGGACGCAUCCCCGAAUACGGACCAAAGCUGAUUAUUGAAAGGAUUUUGAAUCAAACGGGAAGCACGGUCGCUAUUAAGCAUAUCGACAGGAAAACACAAAAAGAAGAAACUGUUUCUACAAAACGUCGCGACUUGCAGAAGAUUCUUGUUCAAUUCGGUAUUCAACUGGAGAAUCCAAUCUUUUGGAUGACACAGGACCGUUGCCGACAAUUUUUGAGCGACAUGAAAGGCGCGAGACUUUUUGAGAUUUUCGUAAAUGCAACCGAAUUGGACCAAGCCAUGAAGGAUUAUGAAGAAUGUGGAAGUAAAAUGGUCAGCAUUCGAGCGGGAAUGGACGAUAUCAAGAAAAAAGCUCUGAAAGCGGCUGGAGAUCGGAAAAAAUGGCUGGAGUGUUUGGAAGAGCACGAAAAGCUAAAGGAAAAGCGCCGUGUGUUGGAAGAAUUGUCGUGGUUCAUGCUAUGGGGUGACGCUAAGACUGCCUUUGAUGAAAUGGAAAGGGCAACAGAAGCUCUGAAAAUGACCGAGAAGAGCUGCAAGGAAAUUGGCCAAAAUAUCAUCAACGCAAAAGUAGCUUAUGAAGAACAAACUGCCGACAAGAAUACGAACAACAAUGAUGAGCAAGAAAUGAAAGAAAAGUUGAAAAUCUUAAAUGCUCAAUGGGCAGUCCACGAUGAGACUCAACGGAAUAACAAAGCAAUGCUCGGUGGAUUACAGGAUAACCGUCGGAAAUGCCUUCAGAAUAUAUCGGUGAAAGAAGCAAAUUUGGGAAGAUGCAAGAACGAGCUAGAAAAAUAUGAAAGUGGGGCCGCGCAAAGUGAAGAUGCUAAAAAAAGGAAACGCUUAAACGAGGCGGCAGCACAAUUCGAAGAGGCUGAUGCUAAGUUCAAAACACUCGAGAGGGAGAACAAAGACCAGCAAAAAAAACACUGGGAAGCUAAGCAACGAUUGACUGAAAUCAACGCCGAACUUCAACAAACAAAAAGUUCACUUGGCGAACAAAGGAAACGUUUUGAUAAACUCAAAGAAGCCAAGGAAAAUUUUGAACGCGCAGCAAAAGAUGAACUGAGCAAAUUCGGCCCGCACACAAAAGCCAUUUUGGACAUUAUACAGGCAAAUCGGCAACGAUUUCAGCGAGUGCCGGUUGGACCUAUUGGAAUGCACGUUCAAGUCAAAGAUGAAAGAUGGGCCUAUCCGAUUGAACAAGCACUUGGACACAAUCUGGCGCAAUAUGUUGUCGAUAACACUCAAGAUGAUAGGCUCUUCAAGCAACUACUUACUCAACGUUUCGGCUCCGGAAUUUUGAACACGGUGAGAAUAAUUGUCACGAGAUUUCUCCCACGACAUAACACACGACAGCCUGAAGGAAGAUGGGUUACAAUUGAACGCAUGCUUGAGAUAAAUAACGAUGUAGCCUAUAACGUGCUCGUGGAUAGGGCACAGAUUGAGGCAACGAUGCUCAUCGAGAGAGAUGGUGACGCCCGACGUAUCAUGGAUGGAGAUGUACACGGACGAACAGGAAAUCAAGGAUUCUAUCGGUUUUUCCCUAACACCAGAGAGGGUUAUGUUCAUGUUCAGUACCUCAAGGUUUCACAGUUGCCCGACACGAGCAGAAUUGACAGAGAUAUGCAAGAAUUGAGUGCUCGAUUCCCUGAUGCACAGCGACAGGUUGAAGAACUUGUGCAACAACAAAAACUUGCCACGCAUGAAGCCACUGGAUUGGGCAACACAAUUCAAUCAAUUGUGACCCGGAUGAAAGAGACGGAUGCUUUCAAACGCGACAAAGCGGCACUCAUGCAAAAACUCGAGUUUGAAUUGGAGAACAAUGAGCAUGAAGGACCUAUAAAUAAUUUGAAACAAGCCAUUGCCGAAUAUGACCAACUAAUAAGAGGGUUUCAAUCAGAGCUUGCUGAUAUCGAAGUUCAAGUUGAGGAAGCCAGGGCCGAAUUGGUUGAAAGCGAAGAAACAAAGAAGGAAUUGAAUGCACAAGCCGAGGAAAUCCGGAUCUUACUUCGACCAUUCACGGAACAAGCUCGAGAACGGGACGAUCGUCUGAGAGGGUUGAUGAACAAAAUCCAGGCCUACGAAAAAACGGAGAACGAAUUGAAACAACGCUACGAUAAAUAUGAAAAAACGCGCGUGAUCCAGUCCCGCAACUACGAUAAUUGCAUAAAACAGGCGACAGAAGAUACAUCGGGAAUGCCGAUUCCUGACGGACAAAAGAUGCCACCCGAUCUACAGAAGUUACCUCAAGCAGACCGUAUUGCAAAAGUUUACAAGAAAGUCAACUGCGAAGUUUUGGAGAAGUUAAAAACAUUGCCGCCUUUGGAAGAAAUCAACAAGCUUCUCAACAAAAAUACCGAAAAUGUGCAGGCAAACCAAGAUGCCGAGAAAAGACUUAUCAAGCUGUAUGCGACUCUCGAUGAAGCUGUUAAAAAGAGACUUGCGUAUUUUCCUAUCCUUAGGCAUACCAUCACUUGUCAGUUAAGGGCUGAGUUCCGACGUUUGAUGCAUUACAGAGGAGUUGAAGCGGAUAUUGAUGUCAAUUUUAAUGAACGAAAAAUUGAGAUUCCGGUUCGAGCCAAAGGAAAUCAGCAAGUGAUCCGAGACCAUAAAGGCUUAUCUGGUGGUGAACGCUCAUAUCUGACAGCCUCGUUUGUGAUGGCUCUUUGGGGAAUCAUGGAAUCGCCGUUCAGGUGCAUGGAUGAGUUUGAUGUGUUUAUGGACUCGACAAACCGAAAGUUGAUCAUGGAAUUGAUCAUUCGCUUCACGACUGAGGACUGCAAGCACUCUCAAUUUAUACUCUUCACUCCACAAGGAAUCACUGAGUUGAAAGAACAUAAUCGUUUAAGGGUCUUCAAUAUGCCAAAAUUAGUGGAUGGUCGCCCUCCGAUG